AUGACGCUCUUCAGCACCAUCAUGCUCUCCCUUCUCGGCUUCGGCCUCACCUCCUCCAUCGUAGAACUCGGUCUCUCCGCAUACGGCGCCUGGUUCUACGGACAGACUUUCACUUACGAAUACUACUGCGGCUACAGCGUCUGCGACGAGACCGUCAAGGGCACUGUUCCCGAUGUCGUCUCUCUCCUCCUGUUCGCCUCUCUCUGGUCCACCAUCGUCACCGCCGUUGCUAUUGGUCUUCCUCUCUGGUUCCAUAAGCGCGAGGCCCACCAACACAACAGAUGGCUUGCUCCUACUUUGAUUGUCCUCUACUUCUUGACUUGGGUGUUUUGGUUGUCCGGUUUCGCGUACUUGGCUUAUCUUGUUGGAUCGGCCUCCGUUGGUAUCAUUUCCGCUAUGCUCGCUUUUGCUAUCAUCAACUGGCUCGUGUACACUGCGGCCUUCAUUUUCAGCUUCCUCGCCGUCUUCGACGUUAUGCAAGGCGAAUGGCCCGGUUACCUCGUCAUGAAGGCAAACCCCGCCAGCGCUGGCCCUCCUGCCACCGAGACGACUGCUUAUACUGGCGCUCCCGCUGAGCCCAAGUAUGAAGGCAAUCAUGAGCUUACUGCUUAG